CUAGUCCGGUCCGCGCCACAUACUCUUGCCUCUUGGACGGUUCGACCACAACCCGCCGGCCGCCAACCCCUCGCCGCCGGCGCAGCCGCCAGCGACGGUGACUCGCGUCGGAGGAGAAGCGCCACCGGGUGGCGAGGGGAGAUGAGCGGCGGGGGAGGGGGCGCGGGCGCGGUGUUCUACGCGGAGAAGUACCACCCGAUCCAGGCGGGCAGCAUCGACGGCACAGACGUCGCCCCCCACGACAACGCCGUCCUCCGCGCCCUCCUCUGCUCCACCGCCGGCCUCUAUGAUCCGUUCGGGGACCCCAAGGCCACCGGCGACCCCUACUGCACGGUGUUCGUCGGGAGGCUCUCCCGCCACACCGACGACGAGACGCUCCGGAAGGCCAUGAGCAGGUAUGGGAGGGUGAAGAGCAUGCGGCUGGUGCGGGAUAUUGUUACCGGCGCCUCGCGUGGUUAUGCAUUUGUUGAGUAUGAAACGGACAAGGAGAUGCGCCAUGCCUAUGAGGAUGCACACCAUUCCAUUAUUGAUGGCAGCGAAGUGCUUGUAGAUUACUACAGGCAGCAACUUAUGCCUGGAUGGAUACCAAGGAGAUUAGGAGGAGGGCUUGGAGGGAAGAAAGAAUCUGGACAGCUUCGAUUCGGUGGUCGCGAGAGGCCAUUUCGUGCUCCCUUGCGGCCGAUACCAUAUGAUGAACUGAAAAGGCUCGGGAUCCCACCACCACCUGAAGGGCGGUAUAUGCUACGUUUUCAGGUUCCCCCACCACCGAGACGAAAAGGCAGCAAUAUUGACAGGGAGGAGUCACCUCCCAGGAGAAGAUCCAAAGACAGGAUUGAUAGUAGUCACUACAGAAGGCAAAGAAGCCCAACCAGAGACGACCACAGCACCCACAGGUGGAAAAGGAGCGACGACCGACAAGAAGCAACCGAGAGGAGAAGAUCAUCUACCAGUAGAGAGACUGGCAGCUACAGGAAGCAUAGAAGCCCAACCGAAGAAUAUGGCGAUCGUCGUAAGAGGAGAAGAAGCCGAGAGCCUGGAGAAUUUUCUCCAGACUGGGAUGAUAGUAGCAGCAGAAGAGGAAGAUCUUCAGUGGAACCAGGUUUCAGCCCUCGUCGGUCUCUUCAUCACAGACAUGACAUGGAGCGUCAUGACAGCAGCGGCCAUUCUCGUCACGGCGAACGUCGGCAUCACGGCGACCGUGGAAGUCACUCCAGGAACAGGAGAUCUAAAAGCCGAGAUUACAGCCACUAGAAGUGUUUGAGUUCAUGAUGAUUUCAUAGUGUAAAACCCGAAUCCCUGGCUGCCUGUUCGAUGCUUGAUCUCAUGUCUAAGAUCCUUUGUAAUACAUAUAGGAUUUUUCACGUAAUUUAGUUCAGACCCAGUAAUUUCAUAUGAAUUUUUCACAUAAUUUAGUUCAGACCCAGCAAGCCAAAAGUAUGUAUUCCUGUGUGAACAUGAAAAUUCAAAUAGCAAUUCUGAUGGCAUCAAUU